AUGGCUCAGAACUCAUUUGGUCGCGAUAUCGAAAGAGAAAGUGCUGAACUUAUGGCUCAGAGCGGCCAGAAUGGGCACAAGCCCACAGAUGGGCGCAAGCGGGUUCUCGUAGUUGGGGCUGGCGCUGCAGGCAUGUCUACAGCGCACCACCUCUCGGAGCAUCCAGAGAAAUUCGAUGUUACUCUCAUUGAUGCGGUAGAUUACUGUGGUGGGCAGGCUUUCUCUAUUCCACUUGACAAGGAGAAGCAUGGUGCUUCUUGGUGUAACCAAGGUGUACAAGGCGGCUCGUACAUUUUCCACCACACUGUAACGAUGUUCCAAAGACAGGGUUACCACUCAGAUCCCGUCACCCUUCAGGUCUCGUUCGGAAAGGAUGAGACAUUUUGGACCAACGUAUUCCCUACGCAGCUCUUGACUCGGCAUCAAAAAGAAGUGAAGCGCCUGGUUACAAUGUUGAAGAUCAUACGAUGGUUCGAGGUAUUCUUCGCGCUUUUGCCCUUGCGGCUAGUCUUCAAGUUGUUUCGUUUUUCAGAGGAGUUCACGAAUACCAUCGCCCUCCCUAUGACUGCUCUUUUCCUGGGAACCGGCAACGCAACCCCUGAGGUGCCAACGAUAAUGUUUGAACGCCUUUGCACUUCCCCGACAUAUGGAAUGUGGUAUCCCGCCGACAAGAACUCGGUUGUGCACAACCAGCCGCCGAUGAUUGUCUUCCCCAACUUUUCCGAGUUCUACAACACCUGGAAACAGGAUCUGAUUUCUCGUGGUGUAACUGUGCGCCUGUCAACCGAAUUGACGGAAAUCACUCAGCGGAAUAAGAAGGGGGUUGUGGUUAGGCUGAAGCCUCGCACCCCAGCGCCUGAUGGUCACAAUUCCAGUGAGGGCGAUCAGAACGUGCCUGCAGGCGAAGAAGUCUAUGAUGAAAUAGUGCUUUGCUGCCUGGCAGACACCUCCAAGCGGGUCUUGGGCAAGACGGCUUCUUGGGGAGAGAAGCGUGUGUUGGGUUCUGCCAAGUUCAGCGACGACAUUACCAUCACACAUAACGAUGCGGAUUACAUGAAGAAGCAUUAUGAGAACUUCUACCGCGAGGAUUUGGCCGUCUCUAACACGGACGGCGUCGACCAGACUUCGCGAUUGAACUUCGCAGUAAACGGGUUCCGCCCAAUGUACUACAUCAAGAUGUACCCAGAUGACAAGUCCAAGUUGGAGAUGUGUUUUGACACCACCAACUACCAGAGCCAGUUUCCUGAGAAGGUGCCUUUCGAGCAGCAUGUCUUCCAGACCAUUUAUCUCAACAAAGACAGGGAUCGUAAGCACUGGACCGACAGUGAGAUCAGAGAGGAUAAGAUCAUUCGAAAGGAUUGGUGGCAUCAACUAUGCCACAGUUGGACGCACUACGCAUUCGUCAUCCCGUGGAUGAUGUUUCUCCAGGCCAAGAACCAUACCCGCUUCGCCGCAUCGUGGACACUCGUCAACGCGCACGAGGUCGCGAUCAUGUCCGGCAUCGCCGCUGCUGUUGACCUGGGUGCCGAUUAUCCCGAGGACCUCGAGAAUGAUAAGUUCGCGUUUCUUUGUUUCAGACUCUAUUACCUCCUGGCCUACGGGAAGUGGUACCGCCGCAAGUUCACCAAGGGUAAUAAGACACCAGUCAGCCAGAGAGCGAAGGACGGCGCAUCAUGGGCCACUGGCCUCUACGGAAGUGUUUAUAAGGGACCCGGGGUUGCCACGCAAGAGAGGCAGACUUGGAGAGAAGAGAUGAAGAAAGGCACGAGCACCGCAAAUCUGGCAGAGAAGAAUGCGCCUGGUCGUAGUCAACCAUAG